AUGCAGGCUGCUCAGCAGAAGACUUUCCUGUCCGCGCCUAAGUUUGCCGUGAUCGGUGCGUCGAAGGAUCAGAGCAAGUGGGGGACAAAGGUGCUCCAAUGGUACAUCGAGCGCGAUUUAUCAGUGACACCUGUACAUCCCAAAGAGUCUGAGCUCGAGGGCAUCGCCGCUGUCAAGGACAUCUCUGAGAUACCUGACCUAUCGAACACAUCUGUCAGUCUGAUCACGAACCCUGCGAUCACAUUGAACAUCCUGAAGAGCCUCAAGGAGAAGGACAUCAGCCCCAAUGCGCUAUGGCUUCAGCCCGGUGUCGCCGAUCAGACGGUCAUUGACUACCUCAACGAGAGUGGCCUCGAGGAGAAGGCCGUAUUCGGCGGCCCAUGCAUCCUGGUACUCGGCGACGGCGUUCGCAAGAGCCUAUUGUAG